CUUCUUCCCAGUUUGUUGUCUGGUGAGGAAAAUCAAGUCUCUCUCUGCCUGCGGUGUAUCGUGUUUGCGUUGCCUUACGUUCUUGUCUGCAAAGCAGAUAUGGCUUUCGUUACCCACCAAAUAAUCAGGACGAUAACAUCAUCUUCGGCCCGAAAUGCAGCAAUAAAACACGUAACUAUUAUUGGAGGUGGACAAAUGGGCGCAGGUAUUGCACAGGUGGCAGCUUCAACGGGUCAUACAGUUGUGUUGGUGGAUACAGCUGAGGACAUCUUGAAGAAAUCUGCUAAAGGAAUUGAGGGCAGUCUGAAAAGAGUGGUCAAGAAGAAGUUUGCAGAUAAGCCAGAGGCUGGGGAGGAGUUCAUUCAGAAGGUUAUGAAGAAUGUGUCAACAUCAACAGAUGCAAACUCAACCGUCCAGAACACUGACCUGGUCAUAGAGGCCAUUGUGGAGAACCUGAAAAUCAAGCAGGGUCUCUUUGGUGCUCUGGAUAAAGCAGCCCCCCAACACACAAUCUUUGCUAGCAACACAUCCUCUCUUCCCAUCACGGAUAUUGCAAGCUCAACGGCAAGGCUGGAUCGAUUUGGAGGCCUUCACUUCUUCAACCCUGUGCCUAUGAUGAAACUUGUGGAGGUAAUCAGAACUGAGUCAACAAGUCAGGAAAGCUAUGAUGCUCUGAUGGCUUUCAGCAAAGCACUUGGCAAGCAUCCUGUGACAUGCAAAGACACCCCAGGAUUCAUUGUUAACCGCCUGCUAGUGCCCUACAUGAUGGAAGCUAUCCGACUGUAUGAGAGAGGUCACGGAUCAAAAGAGGACAUAGAUGUUGCCAUGAAACUGGGUGCUGGCUAUCCUAUGGGACCUUUUGAGUUGCUUGACUAUGUGGGUCUGGACACUGCAAAGUUCAUCAUUGACGGUUGGUGUGCAAUGGAACCAGACAACCCCCUCUUUUCCCCAAGCCCCAUGUUAAACAAAUUGGUGGCUGAGGGCAAGUUUGGCAAGAAGACUGGAGAGGGAUUCUACAAGUAUAAGUAACAACCCAGUUUUCCUUAAAGCGGAUAACUGGAGAACAAAGGCUACAGCAAGCUCAAAUGGGGAACCUCAGGUUAAAAAAUAGACACUCAUAAAAUAACUAAAAACAUAACGCAUGUGCCUUACCGAACAACAAAAGUCUUGUCAUUUGUGAGUCAGUCUCUGUAUUUGCCUAUACACCUUUCAGUUAUAUGAAUGCAUGAAAUGGCAUUAAAGCAUUUUCUGAAA